UCCCUCUGCAGGACUUUUAGUACCAGUUAGGGCAUGCUCUGUAUUCAGUCUGGGGUCGUGCUUAGUCUGCAUCAGUGUGUGUGUGAGUUUGGUUGGAGGGGUGUAGGUCCCCUCCCGUUUCUCCUCUUGCUUUCUGUGAAGAUAGUAGGUGGAAGCCCUUGAUACAGAGUGGAAGUUUCUGGAACAAUCCUGUGGCAGUGAGUGGUCCACAUUUUUGGAAUCAUGGGAGUGACCCAUGGAAAGAAUGCAGAUCAAAAUCAUCAACAUCAUAACUCCAGCUGCGCACAACCACUUAUGGGACCUGGCGCAUCAGAUUUAGUCACUGAUAUGGGAUCCGUGAUAGACCCUGAUCAGAGAUGGGACAGAGAAGAGGAUUUUGACCAGAGCCAGUUGCUACCUGAGCAAUUGGAAAACAUUUACUAUGAUGAGCUCAUCAGGCCCAAAAAAAUCCACAAUCCCAUCAAAGCAUCCAAGAACCACCAUGAGCUCCACCGAGAGCUCAUUAUUACACACAAAAGAGGAGGAGUGGUGGAGGAGAAGCCAGAGUUACAGAGGGUUCUGGAACAGAGGAACAGAGCUCAGGCUCUGAAACAAGAGAUAAAAGAAGAAGAGGAGAAAUCUCCUCUGGAGCAGGAGUUACUGAAGAGGCAGAUGAGACUUGAGAAGUUUGAGAGAGAGGCAGAGGAGCAGAGGGAAAGGUCAAAGGGCGCACCUGAGUUCAUAAGGGUCAAAGAGAGUCUGAAGAGGACAGCAGUUAUAAACGCUGUACAGAAAGAGCUGUAACUGCACCUCACUUUAUUUACUCUAAACAAUUAUCUAUUUGAGUAUAUGAGUAUAUGAACUCCUGCAGCUGCUGAUCUGAGAACAGGAUAUUUAAUAUGUUUUAAUGAAUUAAUAUGAAAUAUGAAUGAUGAUGCAUUUUCUGAAGGAUGUGGACAAAUAUUUCCAAUGUGGGGACUAUGGUACCUCAUUAAGAAACUGUGUUAAGCAUGACCUAAUAAGACUUUCUGUACUGCAAAAUAAGAUUUUGUGAUUUGCACAAGCGAGAAAGACACACACAGGAACGAGUAUAUCCAACAUAGCAGCACUUAAUAUAAAUUUUGUGUCUAAAUGUAGAUUUAUUGGAUGUAAUAUUUAAAAGAUCUGCCAUGUUUUUAGAUUUACACUUUUUCCAAAUAAUUCCACCAAUCAUAAUGCAAUAUAUAUGUUAACAGUAAAUAAUCACACUCAAUCCAAGAAAUUUGAGCUUAAAUUGAGUUUCAUGCUUGAACCCAAUCCAUUGCACCUUGACUCAAUUGUUCGGAUAACUUGCUAAAAAAUUAAGACACAUGUUUGGAUUAAAAAUGUGAAAUAACCCUAUUUAUUUCUGAGAUUAUAACUAAAAACCACUCACUGAUUUAAACAUGCAACGUAUUAAGUUCAUUAGACAACAUUGCAUACUUCAGUUUGAAAUGUUUAUUGUUACAUAAUGCAGUGUUUCACAUACAAUUUUUAAGUGGCAGUAUGCAGUACAUCAUUCUGCGCAAUCAUCUCAUAAUAUUUCUAAUACAAGAGAUCCAUUGUUAGUUUGAUUUAUACUUCUUAUUUAUGUGAACUUAACCUUAAUAAUUUCUUAAUAGCUUUUCCACUCAUAUGAUUCUGACAUCACGGAUCUCAUGAUUUUGACCUCAUAAGUGUUGUUUAGACUAACAACCCCAGAUUAGUUUUGUGUAAAUAUUUUUUAUACAUUUUGUAAUAGUUUUAAAUAAAGGGAUUUUGAGAAAUGUAAUCAAGUUUUAGAGUGUGUUUCUGUGUGUGCGUGUUCUCAAUCUCUAAAUUACCAACCACAGUCUGCCUUUGCAUAGAACUUCGAUGUGAACUUUAUUUGCACUGUACACAAAGAUAUCACUGAAAACACAAUGCAUAGACAAGGAGUGUUUAUUCAUAACAUGCUACUGCCUGUAUAUCUUUAAGGAUACAAAUCAUUGGCUCUUUGUGACUGUUAACACAUGAUGCAUUGCAUCCAUACAUUUGUAACUUCUACAAAAAAGAUAUACAAUAUUUGAAUACAUUGUCUUCAUGUAUAAUACAAAUACUGUAUUGGUGUCUUCCCUUCCUCUUAAAAUGGAUAAGUGUGUGUACUUCCAUGUGAAACAAAAUGAGGGUUCAUAUUCGUACAUGUGAGGAACUAACAAUGACAAACUUUUAAUUUUAACUUUCAAUAAUAAUUAUCAAAGCCAAAAUAAGUCAUAGAUGACUCCUAAGUUAUAUUUAGUAUGCAUAAUUACAUGUUCAACUGAUUGUUGAACUGCUCAUUGGACUGUUGGAAUUGGUGCUGAAUUAAAUAUUAAAAUAUAUAAAAAAUAACUGUUGAACUGCUCAUUUGACUGUUGACUUUUUUAAAUGAUUAAAUCAAUAAAUUCACUUUUGGGAAGUUGGGAGCAGUGUUAAAAUAUUGAAAAAUAUUUUAAUAUUGAAUAUAUAUAUAUAUAUAUAUAUAUAUAUAUAUAUAUAUAUAUAUAUAUAUAUAUAUAUA